AUGAGCAAUGAUAUUCCUUUUCCUUCUAAUUUAGCACCUGAUGAAGCUAGUCCAGACUGGUUGAACAAAGGUGAUAAUGCAUGGCAACUAACAGCAGCAACACUUGUUGGUUUACAAAGCAUUCCAGGACUAAUGAUUCUGUAUGGUGGUGGCGUGAAGAAAAAAUGGGCUGUGAAUUCUGCAUUUAUGGUAGUCUAUGCAUUUGCUUGUGUGCUGUUUUGUUGGGUUACAUGGGGCUAUCGAAUGUCUUUUGGCUCUACACUUCUACCAUUCUGGGGAACGGCUAAUGUUGCUCUCGACCAAAGAUACCUUCUUGAUCAAGCCUUUCUUGGAAUGUUUCCCAAUGCAACAAUGGUGUAUUUCCAAUCUGUUUUUGCAGCCAUUACUUUGAUUUUGAUUGCUGGCGCGGUGUUAGGGCGAAUGAAUUUCUAUGCCUGGAUGAUGUUUGUGCCUCUAUGGCUAACGUUUUCGUAUACUUUCACAGCUUUUAGUGUGUGGUGUCCUAAUGGCUUUCUCUUCAAGAUGGGUCUAAUAGAUUAUUCUGGUGGCUAUGUGAUUCAUCUGUCUUCAGGAGUAGCUGGUUACACAGCAGCUUUCUGGGUCGGUCCUCGUCUGACAAAGGAUAGAGAGAGAUUUCCUCCAAACAACGUUAUCCUUAUGUUAUUUGGGGCAGGAAUGCUUUGGAUGGGCUGGACAGGAUUUAAUGGAGGAGAUCCUUAUGUAGUAAGCACCGAUGCUUCUUUAGCAGUCUUGAACACCCAUAUAUGUACGGCUACUAGCUUGCUUACUUGGGUCGGACUUGACAUCGUAUUUUUUCGCAAAGCAUCUGUUAUUGGUGCAGUUCAAGGCAUGAUCACUGGUUUGGUAUGCAUCACUCCAGCUGCUGGGGUUGUGCAAGGAUGGGCAGCGAUAAUAAUGGGGUUAUGCUCAGGGUCAAUUCCAUGGAUAACCAUGAUGGUUAUCCACAAGCAUUCAGAACUACUUCAAAAGGUUGAUGACACGAUGGCUGUGCUUCAUACACAUGCCAUUGCUGGUAGCCUUGGAGGUAUUCUCACAGGCCUUUUCUCUAAACCGAACUUAAACAAGUUGUUUUCUGGAGACUCUGCACACUUUAUUGGCCUGUUUUAUGGUUUUGAUGACAAAAGUAGAAUCGGUUCCGGGGUUCGACAAAUAGGAGUUCAGAUUUUAGGAAUUGUGUUUGUUGUCUUUGUUAAUGUUCUGAGUACUAGCAUAAUAUGUCUUCUGAUACAACUGGUGGUGCCACUGAGAAUGACUGAUGAGGAUAUGGAGAUUGGUGAUGAUGCUGCUCAUGGUGAAGAAGCUUAUGCUAUUUGGGGCAAUGGAGACAGGCAUGAAAAUUCUUUCUAUCCUGGUUCGGUUAAUCCUGCAAUUGAGUUGCCAGUGACCACAAAAAGGACUGCUCGUCGAGUUGAGAAGACAUAA